UUUGACCAUUGGAUAACAGUCCCAACCUUCAUUGGACGAAGAUUCGUUGUUUUGCCUUGUGAGUCCUCAAGCCUACCAAAGGUAGUUAUAUCAGCCCCUCCUAUCGAUAAGACUUCCAGACUCUUGUUGCUUCCUGCAUCCCAGAAGUCACUUGGUCUAUUAAGCCUACGUAUUCGAGCUCUCUCAUAACUUGUUGGGGGACGGCGUCUGGGUUCGAAGCAACAUGGUGAUGCUAACUUUCGGCCGCUUUCUUAGUCGCCCCUACCCUCACAGCCGGGAAGGCCCUACAAUCUUCUCGUUCCAACAAAAGCUCAUCAUGGAGGGCACCGGACUCGAUGGUGACCAAGACGGAAAGACGAACCAGAUGACGGGCGUGCAUGACUCACCUGUGUUGCAACCCGCGUCGAUGGAAGAUAUGGAUGCCUUCUAUGACACGGACGACUAUGCGAACUCCUCCAAUCGCUCAUAUUCACCGCGAGCCUCUCCUAGGCUGUCGCGAAAUCCUUCCUUUUCGUAUCAGGAUGAUUGGGAGACGUUUCCGCCGCUAGAUAAACUCACCGUGUUUGACUUACUUGACAACCUUUCACUCUCUCAGAAACUCGAGAAAUGGCAACAGGCGAUCAAUGUGCAGAGAGAAAAGGUCAGAAAGCAGCGCGAAAAGCUGAAGUCUACUUCGAUGAACGCAAAGGAUCGAGUGGUCGGAGAAUGGAAGCGGCGGGUUCCCACAGCCGAUGAGCAGUUGGCCAAAUAUCGCCGUCGGAUGAGUGACGGUGUCAAGCGGCUGGAGAAGCAGUGGAAUGCCACCGCCACGGUGACACUACGCGAGAAGGUUUCGUUCAUCGCGGGUGUUCUCAAUAUUUUCGUCAGCGGCUACCUCAUCGGUGCCUACCCGGAAUACUUCUACAUCUGGUUCAGCGUGCAGUUGGCCUAUUUCAUGCCGAUCCGAUACUAUGGAUACCACAAAAAGGGAUAUCAUUAUUUCCUUGCCGAUCUUUGCUACUUUGUCAACGUGCUUUGCAUGCUCAGUAUCUGGGUUUUCCCGAGGUCCAAGAGACUUUUUAUCAGCACCUUCUGCCUCACUUUUGGAAACAAUGCCGUUGCUAUUGCAAUGUGGCGAAACUCCAUGGUCUUCCACAGCAUGGAUAAGGUCGUCAGUCUCUUCAUUCACAUCAUGCCGCCAGUUACCUUACACUGUCUCGUCCAUCUCACUCCUGCGGAAAUGCUGCGAGAGAGAUUUCCGGCCGUCUACGACGUCAAGUUUAGCAAACCUGGCUCUCCCAACCACUAUCCUCUCCUUUCCAUGAUGCUGUGGGCAACCGUGCCUUACAUGAUCUGGCAGCUGACCUAUCAUUUUUUCAUUACUGUGCGUCGCGCCGAGAAGAUCGCCGCUGGGCGUCCUACCAGCUUCACGUGGCUUCGCAAAUCGUACGCGAAGACCUGGAUUGGGAAGUUUGUGAUUAGUCUUCCUGAAUCAUUGCAAGCGCCUGCCUUUAUGAUGAUUCAGUACUUUUAUGCGCUGCUGACCAUGAUUCCUUGUCCCCUCUGGUUCCGUUUCCGAUGGGCCAGCGGUGUUUUCUUGACAGCGCUAUUCGUUUGGAGUAUCUAUAAUGGCGCCACUUACUACAUUGACGUCUUUGGCAAACGUUUCCAGAAGGAGCUGGAGGAGCUGAAGAAAGAUGUUGCCCGGUGGCAGGCCUCUCCGGCUGGUAUGACCAGCCCGACACUACCGAUCCUGAACAACGCUUCUUCCGCAGGGGCUGGCAUCCUGGAUGAGUCACCAUCUGCGCACAAGGACAGCGACAAGUCAAGUCUCGACCAGAUCCCUCCACUUGACUCCAGUGCCGCGUCGACUGCCAUCGAUGGCUCCAAUUUCGCGGCCGCUGCCAUUACGCGAGAGAGAAAGUAGAAUCCGUAUCGUCUACCCAAUUUUGCAAACGUUCCUUUAUCUCCUUGAGUCUGUCUACUGAGUCUGUCUAUUGAGUUUGUCUAUGCCCUAGCAAUGCUUUUGGAUUGGACAUCGGUUGGUUUUGUGUUGCUCUUUGAUGAUACCCUGCCUUAGUCAUUCUUUUGUCUCUGCGACUUGCCUAUAUUCAUACAUUUUAUGCCUAUAUGAUCUAGACUGUUGAUGAUUGCGAUUGAUUUUCAUUCCACUAAUUACACGAAUUUCCCUUUCAGCUGGACAUCUUUCUGCGAUUUCAGUGGCGCAUGUAUCGCGUUGAUUAUGUCUGGUAUGAACAGCAUGGUCUACUCCGGUUGACCCCGGUGAUUUUGUUAGUACGGUGGGGCCUUGCACGAACAAGUCAUAUUGAUUCUGCCGCUAUCUAGUAAUAUCUAAUAUUUUAUAUG